AGUCUUGGGCAGAGAUGAUGAUGAGGAUGGUGAUGAAAAUGGCACUGUGGCUUCUUUGUCUUGGCCUUGCUGUGCCUUACACUGCUGUUGCUGCUGCUGGACCAGGAAGCUGUGUGGGCCGUUGUGGCGAGGCUUUCAUCAGAGGCCAGCAGUGUACCUGUGACUUUGGCUGCCUGCAACACAAUGAGUGCUGCCCAGACUUCCACGCUACUUGCACCGCUGCUCAGUCCUGUCAGGGUCGCUGUGGUGAAGCAUUUAGGCGCGGUCUGCUGUGUGAGUGUGAUCCACAGUGCAUCAAGUACAACACCUGUUGUCCUGACUACCAGCUACACUGCGAUGCCAGUGUGUCAGUUUCACACACCAGGACUUCCCAGCCUCUGAGGGCUGCAGCUUCAGGAAAACGGAAGCUAGGGAGGAGCUGGAAAAAAUCCAACAGUGAGAGUGAGGAAUGGUACACAGUGAAGGCUCUCUGCUCACAGUACCCUGGGGGUCACUGUCCUGGUGCAAUGGGCCUCAAACCACUGACUGCCAGCCCCUCUGGUCCCGCCCUUCCUGCUGUUGUACCAACCAAUCUACUGCAACAUGGUGUGGGUAACAUCCCUGUUGGUCGACUGCCAGUGUCCAUCCCCUCCGCUCAUAGUGAAGUUCCAGCUUCACCAGCACCUGGCUCCUCUCUGCCCCGCUACAGUGCUCCAUCCCUGGACGGCAGUGCUCUUGUCAGUGCUGGUGAUGGAGCUGUUAAUGGCAAUGUCCACCUGCUGCUGUCGCAUGAAGGAGUGGCUUCAUCUGGGCCAAGUCAAGUAGUUCCAGCAGCAGCUCUCAGUGGCCCAGCUGGCUCCAGGCCCAGACCCAGCACUCUGCAGGAUGUAGCCCAAGCCUUGGGUCUCCCUGUGGUGGAAGGAGGAUCUGAGAGACCAGGGACAGGACUCCUUGCUGAUGUCAACCUAUGCAGUGAUUCUCCCAUUAAUGGACUGACAGCUCUCAGCAAUGGGACCAUACUGAUAUUUAAAGGUGAGCUGUUCUGGGCAGUGGACCCUGUCAGUCACUUAGUUGGUCGUCCACAGAGCAUCACAGACACUCUGGGUGUCCCGUCUCCCAUCGAUACUGUCUUCACACGCUGCAACUGCCACGGACACACCUACAUCAUCAAGGGAGACCAGUACUGGCGUCUAGAUGGGAACAUGGUGAUGGAGCCGGGCUACCCCAAACCUCUGGCCGCUGAGUUCCCAGGUCUGACAGGAAGCAUCAGAGCUGCACUGGCAGUACCAGCAACCACAAGUAGACCAGAGACUGUAUACUUCUUUAAGCCUGGAGACAUCAUGCAGACGUUCACCUUCCCACCAGGCAGCACUCCCUCCUGCAGCAUUAAACCAAGGAGCUCCUUGAACAGACGGCAGGCUGUUCUACUAAGUGGAGAGAUCAACAUCAAACUGUCUCUGAAGGGAUUCCCCACACCUGUCACCUCAGCUCUGUCCAUGCCCAGCCCUCUGAGGAGUGACCCAUAUGAGCACUACAUCUUCUCCGGACCACUCUUCUUCAGCAUCCAGAUUUUAGGUGACCUGCCAGCACUGGCCAAACCUGACCCCUUGGCAGUCCUCGCACCCAUGCCCAUCCUCAGCCCUGCUGUCAUGGCUACCAACACUGCCAACACGGCUGCUCAAAAUGCUAACCCUCCCCUUCCAGCCAACUCCAUCAGAGUCUGGCUGCGCUGUCCCUAGGGACAUUCUGAUAAGGUGACAGAGGCCAUGUUCUGGUCAUUUCUGCAACAGCACAGCAAGUUCUAGUGAAUAAAACGUGACAACAUACUAUUUCUUCUGAUACAUUCAUAUCAUGAUUUUCAAUUUAUAAAAGUACAUUUUUCAUGCAAUGUUGCCAAAGUUUUAGGGCCCCUCUCUUGCUAUCAAACCAUGCAACUUUCAACUACUAAAGACACAUAAGAGCUCAGUUCUACCGGAGUACAUGCUUUUUGAAAAGUUGCAUUUCCUAUGGUUGUGUAGUAGGUGGAACUAAUUCACUUGGAGGAAUUUUCAGAAUAACCUGUUACUUUGUUCAAGUAUAAAAAGUGUCAUCCAUUAUUGUGUUUAGGGCUGUAAUUAAUGAUUAUCUUUAUGUUAAAAAGUUAUUGUUGUAGUCAAUAAAUAGCCAAAAAAAAACCCAAAACAAAAUAAUUAAGAAAAAUAAUUCAAUAUAAAACUGACCCCAUGGACUAGCCAACUGUUAAGAAAAAAACAAACAAAAAAAACCCCACAUAUCGCUGCUACUCCUUAUUCAACU